GCAUGAAGCACGGCGCUGGUGGCACUGUCCCGUACCCGGUCCCAUAUCCUGCCCCUGCCCGCAGGUGCUGAUGGUUCGCUUCGCGUCGCUGUUUGACGUGAAGGAGCAGACGGUGACGUUCAUGAGCCGCACGCGGUACGGGCUGGAGGAGCUGUGGGCCAUGGGCAUGGGGGACCUGCUCGGGGCCAUGUUCGACUUCAGCGAGAAGCUCAGCGCCCUCGAGCUCAGCGACGAGGAGCUGGGGCUCUUCACCGCCGUCGUCCUUGUCUCGGCAGACCGCUCGGGCAUGGAGGACACGGCGUCAGUGGAGCAGCUGCAGGAGACGCUGCUGCGGGCCCUGCGCGCCCUCGUGCUGAAGACGCGCCCGGCCGAGACCUCGCGCUUCACCAAACUGCUGCUGAAGCUGCCGGACCUGCGCACCCUCAACAACCUCCACUCCGAGAAGCUGCUCUCCUUCCGCAUCGACGCCCAGUAGUGCCCUCCACCCCGGACCCUCCCCCCCGCCCACCCCUGUACAUACACCACAGCGGGGGGACACACAGACUCCCCCCUCCCCACCUCGGGGCAGCACCGCCCCCGUGGCGCCCGCCGGACUCGCAGGGAUUCGUUCACCCCAGCGUGGGCGCCAGGAUGCUGGGACACCCCCCACCCCAAAUUGGGCGCCGCCCCCACGGCUCCGCUGGCAGCGCCGGGGGGUCCUCUCGCCCCGAUCCCCCCCGUUCUUGCGGCCGGGAGUGGGACGAAGAGGCCGGAUCCGGCCGCGUUGGGGGGUGGGUCUGGGGGUGGGGGUUUGGUUGGUUGGU